AACACGUUUAUGGUUGUUUGGGAGUCUGAAUUAUUUAUUAACCCAUUCUGUAAGUAUGUUUUUAAAAAAAAUCUCAAGUAUUGCCUUCAGUCAUUAUUUCGAACAGCUAUCGCUCGUUAAGCGGGUGGGGAGGACCGGGAAGUCCAGCAUGGCGGCGCCUGGUGGAACUUUAAACUGUGAGGACUUUUCAAUGUUUCAGGAGGUGCUGAAGGUGAUGCGCACCAUAGACGACCGCAUCGUCCAUGCCCUUAACACCACUGUGCCCACUGUUUCCUUCUCGGGCAAAGUGGAUGCAACGCAGACAUGCAAGCAGCUUUAUGAAUCUAUGAUGGAGGCCCAUAUGAGCAGAGACAAAGCUAUCAAGGUAUGUAUAGGCCAGACCUCUGAGGUGGUGGCGCAGCUGCGGGAAGAAAGGGCAAAAGACAGCGACAACCUUGCCCUCAUCAAACAGCUCAGGAAAGAGCAGACCAAGUUAAAGCUCAUGCAAUCAGAGUUGAAUGUUGAAGAAGUUGUCAAUGACAGAAGUCUGAAGGUUUUCAGUGAAAGGUGCCGAAUCCACUACACGCCUCCGAAGGUGAAGUGAUUUGUCUGCGUUGUCUGGGAAGAACUGCCCCCUCAGUGUGUUUCAUCAAGGCUGGAGUCCAGACUGUGACCUGCCACUACAUCCUGACUGCGUUUACCAGCCAGCAAACUCUGACCUCUUCCCCAGCCCAGUUGUCACCAGUUGUGUCCUUGUAUAGUGUUAACACAAGACCAAUCCUUUAGUCAACCACCCUGACAAAAAAAAUUGUACAAAAACAGCUUUUUUAAAAAUAGAUACAUGUUUUC